AUGGGCGGGCUAGUUCCACUGCUGAAGAAGCAGCUCACGGGGUCGAAGAUUCUCUUUCACAUCCUCUUCUGGACGUUCCAUUGGGGCAUCUUUGCCUAUGGAUGGUGGAAACAAGCAGCUGAUGCCCGUUUGGCGGGUCUCAACACGCUGCAAUACUCUGUCUGGCUUUCUCGUGGUGCUGGUCUAGUAUUGAGUGUGGACGGUAUGCUUAUUCUGCUGCCCGUCUGCAGAACUAUCAUGCGUUUCAUCAGGCCAAAGAUCAAGUUCAUCCCACUCGAUGAGAAUAUCUGGAUGCACAGGCAGCUUGCCUACUCUAUGCUGUUGUUCACCAUCAUCCACACAGCUGCCCAUUACGUCAACUUCUACAAUGUCGAGAAGACCCAGAUUCGUCCUGUAACCGCUGUGCAGAUUCACUACGUUCAGCCCGGUGGUGCCACUGGCCACGUUAUGCUUCUCUGCAUGCUCCUGAUGUACACAACCGCCCAUCACCGCAUCAGACAACAGUCUUUCGAGACCUUCUGGUACACUCACCAUCUGUUCAUCCCAUUUUUCCUCGGUCUGUACACCCACACCGUCGGGUGCUUCGUCCGUGACACAGCCGACGCCAUUUCGCCAUUUGCCGGUGAUGAGUACUGGGAGCACUGCAUUGGUUAUCUUGGCUGGAGAUGGGAGCUCUGGACCGGUGGCUUCUACCUCAUUGAGCGGUUGUACCGUGAGAUUCGUGCCAUCCGUGAGACCAAGAUUACCCGUGUUGUCAAACAUCCGUAUGACGUCGUGGAGAUUCAGUUCAACAAGCCUUCCUUCAAGUACAAGGCUGGCCAGUGGCUCUUCCUCCAGGUUCCUUCCGUCUCCAAGUAUCAGUGGCAUCCGUUUACCAUCACCUCCUGCCCAUACGACCCCUAUGUCUCUGUUCACAUCAGACAGGUUGGUGACUUCACUCGCGAGCUCGGCAACGCUGUCGGCGCUGGCGGCAUCCACGCCAAGCUGUAUGAGGGUGUCGACCCCUUGGGAAUGUACGACGUCGCUCUUGCCAACGGCCAGAAGAUGCCCGCUCUCCGCAUCGACGGCCCCUACGGUGCCCCCGCCGAGGACGUCUUCGAGAACGAAAUCGCCGUUUUGAUCGGUACCGGUAUCGGUGUCACCCCCUGGGCCUCCAUCCUCAAGAACAUCUGGCACUUGCGCAACGGCCCCAACCCCCCCACCCGUCUCCGCCGUGUCGAGUUCAUCUGGGUCUGCAAGGACACCAGCUCCUUCGAGUGGUUCCAGACCCUCCUCCUCUCCCUCGAGGAGCAAUCCGCCGAGGCCGCCCGCGUCCCCGGUUCCAGCGGCGUCGAGUUCCUCAAGAUCCACACCUAUCUCACCCAGAAGCUCGACAUGGACACCACCCAGAACAUUGUGCUCAACUCGGUCGGCAGCUCGGUUGAUCCCCUGACUGAGCUCAAGGCGCGGACAAACUUUGGUCGUCCCAACUUUGGCCGCAUCUUCCAGAGCAUGAGCGAGGGUAUCCAGAACCGGACUUAUCUCAACGGCCUCGAGGGCAACAUGAGGACGACGGUCGGUGUUUAUUUCUGCGGUCCCUCGGCUGCUGCUCGUGACAUCAAGAAGGCGGCCAAGGCUGCCAGCAGCAGUGAGGUGCGCUUCCGGUUCUGGAAGGAGCACUUCUAA